UCUUAUUCUUGCAGUAAAUGACAAGCUGCGGAGUCAGUCUCAGCUCUUUUCGGGGUGCAAGCUGUCUGCGUAGUUUGGCUACAUAACCUUAGGAAAGCAAGGGCUUAGCACCAAACACCGGUGGGGACGACUCCCACUACGGAUUAUUACUUUCACUUGUCACUUAUCAUCGUGAUUUAUAUAUAGCUCCACUACUUUUCAUCGAAUUGAAUUUUCAUUUAUUGUGACUGACACGGCAGUCAUGCCGCUGAACUCGAAUAUGGCGAGUAAAAACUACGAUUACGACUACGAUUCGGUCCAGCCCUACUUCUAUAUCGACAACGACGAGGAUUUCUACCACUCGCAGCACAGUCAGCUUCAGCCGCCGGCUCCCAGCGAAGACAUCUGGAAGAAAUUCGAGCUGCUGCCCACGCCGCCCCUCUCCCCGAGUCGGCGACCCUCGCUCUCCAGCCUGUUACCGUCGAACGCGGACCAGCUGGAGAUGGUGACCGAGUUUCUCGGGGAUGACGUGGUCAGCCAGAGUUUCAUCUGCGAUGCGGACUACUCUCAAUCCUUUUUGAAGUCCAUCAUUAUUCAGGAUUGCAUGUGGAGCGGCUUCUCCGCCGCCGCCAAGCUGGAGAAAGUGGUUUCCGAGAGGCUAGCUUCGCUCCAGGCUGCGAGAAAGGAGACUUCGGCUUGCAGCUCCACGGACAGCAGUGCGAGCCGGACGAGCCCCAGCGUUAAUUACCUUCAGGACCUCAACACCUCCGCGUCGGAAUGCAUUGACCCAUCUGUUGUCUUCCCUUACCCACUGACCGAAAAUCCAAAGCUCGACAAGACGACGGCGCCCUCGACUUUGGCACUGCCACUGGAUACCCCACCUAACAGUGGCAGCAGCAGUAGCAGCAGUGAUAGCGAUUCAGAUGACGAGGAGGAUGAUGAGGAGGAGGAGGAGGAGGAGGAAGAGGAGGAAAUUGAUGUUGUGACAGUGGAGAAGAGAAAAACGGUGAAGAGGUCUGACACGUCGGGAGUGCCAAGCAGACACCAUCACAGUCCCCUGGUCCUGAAGAGAUGCCACGUCCCUAUUCAUCAACACAAUUACGCGGCUCACCCGUCGACGAGGAACGAACAGCCCGCGGUAAAAAGGAUAAAGUUCGAGAGUAGCAGCAGGGUGCUCAAGCAAAUCAGCAACAACCGAAAGUGCACGAGUCCACGGACAUCCGACUCUGAGGAUAACGACAAAAGAAGGACUCACAACGUGCUGGAACGCCAGCGGAGAAACGAACUGAAAUUGAGCUUCUUUGCUUUGCGGGACGAGAUACCUGAGGUAGCGAACAAUGAGAAAGCCGCAAAGGUCGUUAUUCUAAAAAAGGCGACAGAGUGCAUCUUCAGCAUGCAGUCGGACGAACACAAACUAAUUUCUUUGAAAGAACAGUUAAGGAAGAAGAGCGAACAGCUGAAACACAGGCUGGAACAAUUACGGAACUCUCAUGUAUAAAUUUGGCGGGAUAUUUAAAGGCUUAUCAUGGACAGAUAAAGACUGUUGCUGUGUAUAGUUUUAAUGUUGCAUGCUAAUGCAAGAAAAGUACUCAAGAUUUCAGAGGUUUUGGCCACACAACCUUGUUUGGAAUCAAGAUUGAUUGCAACAAUGAAAACUGCCUCGAAUUAGAUUUAUUUGUAUUUAAGUCCUUUAUUUUUAUUAAUAAAGUAAUAAAAAGAGGCUGCACACUUACUGUCAGCCUUAACUUAAAAAUUAAUUUGUUUUUAUUUGUUUUGUAUGUUUUGUAUAUAAAUGAUUGAAAAUUUGAUCAGAAAUGUAUUUUUUGAUGUUAAUUAUCUGAAUUAUCUGUGAAUGUGUUUAAACCGAUGGGGGUGGGUUUUAUCACUGUAUGACUUCCCCUCUGAUUCAUAAAUACAUUUCUUUAUUAACCUUG